CUCCUCCAGGACGUGUGGUCGUGUGCGCGUGCGCUUCCCGCCGCCCACCGGCCGGCCAGACAGACGGACCAGGCCCAUCCAGCCGAGCCAAUACCGAAACCCCCAGGGAGGCUCCAACCACGCCAUGGACGCACGCACUCCACCACCGCACGCCCCCAACUGCUACGCUCCCCCCGGCACCCAACCCAACUCACUGCCCACUGGCUCCGCCUCCGCCCGCGUCCGCGCAACUUCUCCAGCUCCAGCUCCAGGUCCCGCGCCAUAUAUUGGACCACCACGCAGUCACCCGCACGGCCAGGCCACGCCGCACCACCACCAGCUCCCGCACGCGCAACCCCACCCCCACCCCACCCAUUUCUUGUCCCUUUGCUUCGCUCGUGCUCGUGCAGCCGUGCCCGAGAUCGCCCGCCAAGCAUGGCAGCCGGCGCCGGCAAGUCGUCGAAGGAGGCGGACCCCGCGCGGUGCAGGAGGCACCCGAAGCACCGGCACGCGGCCGGGGUGUGCCCGUUCUGCCUACGCGACCGCCUGUCGCGCCUCUCCGCCGCCGCCGCCUCCUCCGGCUCCGGCCGCUCCGCGCGCGCCGCCGCCUACGCGUCCGCGUCACCAUCAUCAUCGUCGGCCUCCUCCCCUCCGUGCUCGUCGUGGGAGGCGACCGUAGCCCAGUCGUCGUCGGCACAGGCGCCGCGGCCGGCCCGCCGCGGGAGCCUCGCGCUGCUGCUGCGGCAGGAGGGGAGGGAGGCGGCUGCGCUGGCCGAGGGCCGCCGAGCGGAGCAGGAGGAAGAGGAGGAGGAGGAGAGGAAGGCGAAGCGGGGCAACUUCUGGACGCGGCUGCAGCAGCAGCUCCACCACGGUGGCUGGCACAAGAAAGACGACGGGUGCUCGGUGGCCGCAGAGAGGCAGAACGCCGCCGCCGCGGCGCACAAGCGGGCGCCGGUGGUGUGAUGCUCGAUCAGGGGGGUGGGUGGCGACCGACGGUGACCAUGCGCAUGCGGAUCGUGGACGAGCGCGUCGAGGUGCUCGGUUCUGUGCUGUUGGUGUGUUUGCGCUGUUGAUUAAGCAAUCUUUCGGUAUCUUUUUUUCUCAAAAAUGUCAUGCGUGACUGCUGCCGUGGAAUGAAUGGCCGGGUGCCGAAAGGCGGCCUAAUGGCUCGCCCAUUUUGUAAACAUCAUCGCUAAAUGAAAGCUUGCACUGUCUGUUCGCUCCUUCGCGUCA